AUGGAGCCCUACAGCAUAGACCCCAUGUUUUCAGGAAUGAGCCUCCAAUCACUCCUAAACCUCAACCCCUCCCUCCUCUCCUUCCUCACCGACCACCCUCCACAACCACAACUACCAAACCACCUCACUCUUCACCCCACUCUUGAACCCUUCACCUUCAUCCCAAAACGCCCCCGCCUUACCUACUCUUCGUGUUCCUCAUCGUCAUCGUCUCCGCCGUCCUCCCUCCGCGCAAAACCCCUUCCUCCGAAGAGCAACUUUGCUCGCCAGAGAAGGCAGAAGCUCAGCGAGAAGACUCGCUGCCUCCAGAAGUUGAUGCCAUGGGACAAGAAGAUGGAUCAGGCCACACUUUUCGAACAAGCCUACAGCUAUGUUAAGUUCUUGCAGGCUCAGGUCUCCGUUCUUCAAUCCAUGCCCUACCACGCACCACCAUCACCCUCCUUCAACAAUGGCGGCGGCUGUGUGUUCGGGUUCGGCGACUUGGAGAGGCUGAGCAGGAACCAGUUGCUGCAGGUGCUGGUGAACUCUCCGGUGGCGCAGACGGUGAUGUCGUCGAAGGGUUUGUGCGUCUUCUCAGUGGAGCAGUUAGGGUUGCUGACGAAACUCUCGGAGCGGAGGCUUCUCCUUCAGAAUAUGAACGCCAACAUGAACAUGGUGUCUGAUUCAAAACCUUUCUUCAACUAACUUUUUGGAUUGUGUGAAUAUGGCGUCAUUCCUAUUCUGCUUCUGCUUCUGCUUCUGCUUCCGUUUUGUCGUUUUAACUUUUUGUUGCUGCUAACUGUGUGUUCACUCUCGAUCAGUU